AUGCGUCACAGCAAAGCUUUCCUUCCCCUCUCUCUAGCCUCCCUAGGAGCAGCAGAGAUAGUCGGCCAGUGGACAGCCUGGUCCCUCGCCCGCACCUGUACCCCUGAAGGCAGCUCCUGCACCUACCACCUCGUCCUCGUCCCAGGUCCGGAAUCCGAUUUCAUCACCUGCAACUGGACCGUCGACUCUACCAGUAACUUCAAACCCGCGUACCAAACCGACUUUGCCGAAGCAAAAUGCGGAGACAACCUUUCCCUAAACGGGGGCUGGAGCAACAUGGGGUUCAUCACCAUCGUGCCCACCGACAAAGCAGCCAACGUCUACGCCUUCUUCGGCUUCACCGACGCCGAGCUCGCAGACGGGCAGGUUGCGUCAUCAAGACAAAGACCUGCCUACCGAGUCGGCACUUUUGGCGAGAAGGAGCACCCUGACCUGGGGCUGGGUAUGUCGAAAAAGAUGGUGAGGAGACUAAGCCGUGGUGUUGUCCAGCAGCACGGCGGCUCCUUGUCAUCAUCCAAACCGACAAAGGAAAAGAGGCGGGAUAUAACCAUGAGUGAUCAACUGCGAAAGCACAUCUCGGUGACGUAUGCCUCCAGCCAGCAGCAACAAUCCUCUUCCGAGAUCGACACCUGCAGCCAAAACUGCCAGCCUAGCGGGGAUGACUACGACGCUCUUGCGUGUGUCGAGACUUGUCGUCAGCAGCUUCACGGGCCAAAGAUCAACAAAGGCCAGGAGAGACACCGCCUCGGCACCCGUAACGACAACCCAGAAACAUGGCAAAUCCAUUCCCUCACCCGCCUAACCAACCACCUCCUCAACCGAACCCUGUUCACCUUCUCCCUUUACUCCAGCACCACCCUCCAGCUAGCAAACUGCAGCAUCUCAAUCCCGUCCGUAGAGCCAACCCACAGCUGGUACGGACAGCGCUGUGACAAGGAUGGGAAGUUCAGUGUUGGGUGGGGAUACAAAGCAGAUACAGACUCGGCCGUGAUGACGGUUUGCGAGAGGGGACGGGGGAUGGCUUGGUUCGGGUGGGAUGGUGUUGCUGAGAGGGACCUAGACCUGGUGGAGGUCAGGUUUGGGGAUUCGAGGGGGGAGGUGGUGCAUGAGACGGUUUGUACUUGA